UCAUUCGAGUCAGUCGACUUUUUAUUCUUUCCUCUCCGUAAAUACGAUACGACGAGUAAAUUUUUUAAAUAAAAGAGGUUUUCCAAGAAUUUAUCAUACAGCACAAAUUAUUCGGAUACUGCGAAAAACUGCGUUUAAUCUUGUUUUUCCACUGCAAAUAAAUAAAUUUCUGUGAAAAAUAUCGGAAAAAAAGUAUUAUUAUCACAUUUCGUGACUGUGAUUGAAACAGAGCGAUAUCGCGCGCUCCUAUGUGAAUGCAAAAACAUAACAAGUUGUCAUUGAGAAAUUUCGUGGAAAUUGUCAGAGCUUGGCAUAAAAUGAUGCUAAAGUGGUUAUAAAAUAAAAGUUUCCGAGAAAAUUAAAAUCUAAUUAAAUUUCCUCCGGUUUCUCCGCCGAACAAGAGAUUUUUAUUUCCAUGACUCAUAAAGGUAUUUCGUAAAAUUGAGUCAUACGUAACGGAACAUUAUUUACGUAAAAAUAAAAAUGAGACAAUCAACCAGAAAAAUGGAAGGAUCAACAAAAAUUGUGACAUGUGAUAAAGAACAAAAAAGACCAACAAAAAUUAGAUUUAGUCAAAUUUCCUCCUCAAGUCUCCUACUCGCAAUUUUCGUCUGCAUCUUGAGCGUUAACAGCGUGACAUCGCUGGAAAAUUGCUCAAAUAAUCGCUUCAACGAGUCCCUGAACUCGACCUACAUGCAGUUCACGAAGGAAAAAGUCUCGGAAGAGUAUUCCGUGUUGGACAAAUUCAAAAGUUUGCAUUGCUGUGCCAAAGGAUACCGCAGCAUUGAAUGGUACAAAGAUGGCCUGCCCUAUCCAUGGGACAUUGAAGUUUCCAGUUUAAUUUUGUAUCCGGAGGCAGCUAAUCAAACUAUCUAUACGCGACGGGCACGUCAACAAGAUGCCGGAGUGUAUAAAUGCGUUCUGAGAAAUGAAACGCAUACGGAGGAGCAUUCCAUUGCAUUGAAUAUCCAAGAGAGCUCGAUAGAUCGUCCCUUAGCAACGUAUCGACCGGUGCCGCAAUUCGUUCAUCUCGGCGAUCAUGCUCGAUUUUAUUGCGAAGCUUUUAUCGGCAAUUUGGGCAUUCCCGAUGCCAAAAGUACACUCAAGUGGUACCAAGUGUUCGACGAAAAUCAGGAGCAAGAGAUAAAAGACAGUUAUCAAAAUUUGAUUACAAGAGAAACUGGCGAAAUUGUUGGCUCGUACUUGAUAAUUCCCGAAGUGAAAAAACAGCAUUACGGGCGGUAUGUUUGUCGUAUCGCGAUGGGAAAUUCGGCGCAUAAAUUGGACUUGUACACGUGGUUGCACGCGGAACCCAUUGAAUUUAUCGACACAAAAUCCUUUUGGGCUCCCAUUGCAUUGGCCGUUAUUGCAUUCCUCUUGACGAUCCUCAUGUUUUGGUUAGCGAAAAUUUUCUACUCGAAUUAUUUUCACAAGCGACAGAAUAAUUGUGCAGCGCAUCACAAGGCUACGCACAUGGAUGACGAGGAGAUGGGCAUGAGACGAAUCUAAAAAAAAUUUAAAAAAAUAAUUAAUAAAAGUUAGUCAAAAAUUAGAGCAAACGUGAUCAAGGCCUAGCCAUUUCCAUUUUUUUAAUAAAUUAAAAUUAAUUUUAGGGUUAAUUUAUUUUAUUUUCGCGAAUUUUUUAAUAAAUAUUUUUUCUCAUAAAACUCAUUAUUAAAUUAAAACCAAAAAAAAAAUAUUGUUGAGAAAACGCCAAAAUUGUACUAUUGAAGCAAAAAAUAAAUUCCACGAAAUGAACUGAAUACAAAAAAAAAAAACUUUUCUAUCGAGAAAUAAUUAAAAAAUAACGAAACAGGGUAUUAAAUGUUAAGACUACUCUCGUAUAAUUUGUAAAUUUUUGUAUUGACUUUUGAAGUGAUACAUGCCAAAAUAUUGUACAUAAAUAAAUUAAUUAAUAAAAAUGUAAACUAAGACCCAUGACAGUA